GAAGAGAUUUCGCCUUAAUCACAGGAUGCUGUUUCUAUAUUAUCGUUUCCUUUUUUUAACGUCCCAAAUAUGUUAUCGGCUCAUAGUUUUCCCCCUAUUUCAAAGUAAGGGAAAAAAGUAUUUAAUUGUGGGGAUGUUAUGUUGACUAUUGAAUAAAAAUUUUCUAAAUAAUAAGCGAACGCAAAAAGCGAUUGAGUCCUUGUAGCGAAAUAUAAAAAAUAGAAAAGUCCCUUUCUCUAUUAAACUACUUCAUUUAUCACGCCUUUUAAACUGAAUAAGCAGUUUAAGUGAACUUUCGAUGUACAUGAAAAUUAAUUUUGUUUAGUCUGACGACGCCGAGGCUUUGGCUCCUUCUGCGUGAAUUUACUGAUAUUUACUUUCUUCGUCUAACUUUUUAACAUUAAAUGGCUGUACGUUCGUACUAUUGAAACAGAAAAUUUGAUUUGAGCAUUUGAAAGCUAUUAAUUCUUUCAAAUCAAUUGUACGAAGUUGAAAAAUGUAUUUUACUUUCUCGCUAUUACAGUCUUGCAACUAAAAACAAACUGAUGACAGCUUAAACAAAAAAAAAACAGUCCAAAUUUGACCUCAGAAAACUUGACCGAAAAUAAAAAAAAACCGACGUUAUGAGUUCGCCACCAGCUGUCGCGGCGAUCAAGCAACCCACAGAAGUUGACCUGAGGAAGAAGGAUUCGACAUCAAGUUCAACUAUAGUCACCACCCGGGAAAGCUCCUCGGAUGGAAGCGGAGGCGAGGAUGACGCCUGCAACUUCCUGAACUGCGGUUGUCUGGAGACCUUCUCUAACGUUGUAACUGGAUUCAUCGAGGGCAUUUUCUACAAGAUCGGCCUGUUCACUGGAUCCUAUCCCUGGGCAGGUAUCCUGAUUGGUCUGGCCAUUUUCUUCAUUCCUCUGGCAGGCAUUGCCCGCUACAACGAGGAGACAGACGGGUCCAAACUGUGGGUUCCUCAGGACUCAAGGGCAGUUGCGGACUACAGGCGGUCCACUGACUGGUUCCCUGGCUACCAGAGGAUAGCACAGGUCAUAGUAGUGGCCACAGAUGUGCUGGACUCCGCCAUACUCACAGAAGCACUCACUCUAGAUGAGAAGAUCAAAGCCAUAACUGUGCAGAGCGGAAAUCAAAAUUUGACGUGGGAUGAUACGUGUAAGAAGACGGGACCCUACUGUCUACAUAAUUCAGUGCUGGAGGUAUGGUCUUACGAUCGAACCACUAUCCAGGCACUCACUAAAACUACCAUCGAGACGGAUAUCGACACCAUCACUACAAGCCCAGUGACUAACUCUGAGAUAGAUGCGAGCCUGUGGUUGGGAGGAACCGAUGACGCAGACGGGGACGCCAAAAUAGAUUCAGCCAGGGCUAUGUCUCUGACUUACUUCAUUAAGACCUUCAGAUCUGGAGAUGACCCAGAGGACUACAUUUUGGAGUGGGAGCAGAAAUUUCUGGACAUUUGCGAGGAAGGUAUCGGGGGAGGAGCUUCGGUCUACUACUUCGCAGCCAGGAGCGUGGGCGACAUAGGGGGAAGUGCCAUUGAUGGGGAUCUACAGUUUCUGGCAGGGGGAUACUUCCUGGUCAUCAUAUAUCUCAUCAUGGCUCUGGGGAAAUUCAAUCGCCGCGAUCAAAAGAUCUACAUGGCCAUUUGUGGGAUAGUGUGCAUAGGUAUGUCCAUGGGCAUCUCCUAUGGCCUCUCCUCUGCAUUCGGACUGUUCUACUCUCCCCUACACAACAUCCUUCCAUUUCUACUACUUGGUAUCGGAGUGGACGACAUGUUUGUGUUCGUGGCUGCCUGGGACAACCUCGGUGCCCACGAGAAGACACUCCCCCUGCGAGAGAAGAUAGGUCACAUGACCAAACAUGCGGGUGUCUCCAUUCUGAUCACCUCAUUAACCGACUUCGCUGCUUUCACCAUCGGCGCCAUCACGAUCAUCCCUGCCCUUCGCUCCUUUUGUAUCUUCGCCGCUCUCGGAAUCCUCGGUAUUUUCUCCGUCACCCUUUUCCUUUUCGCCGGCUGCUUCGCCUACGACCAGAAACGAACGGCCGCUUCCAGGGACGCCUGUCUGUGCUGUCUGAGACUGCCAGUGGAUUAUAAACCGAACCAGUGUAGUGAGAACCCUCUCUCAGUAAGAGUAUUCGACAAGGUCAUCGCCAGAGGGCUCUCCUACUUGCCUGUCAAGAUAGUGGUGGUUGGAGUGGCUGUGGUUCUGUUGGGGUUCGGAGUGUGGGGGGUUGUGGAGAUAGAGCAGGACUAUCAGCAAGAGUGGUUCAUCCCCAAGGGCAACUACUUCUACGACUACCUUCAGAUUGCGAAUGAGUACUUCCCAGACGACGGGUGGGACGGAUACGUUUACAUGGGUAGCAUCGACUACUACUCCAGGAAGGAUGCCCUGCUGUCGAUGGAGAGUGACCUGGGAGGGGUGAGGGGGGUGACUGGAGCCAGUCUGGACUUCUGGCUAGAGGCAUUCUACGACUGGACUGCGGCCACUACCAACUCCACAUACACUCCAUACAUCACUGCAGGUGAGCCGAGUAGCAGUGCCAACUUCGACCACCUAGUGCACCAGUUCAUCACUGAGGUGGGAGAGGGCAGUGCUUAUAGGUCUGAUGUACAGUUCAACGAAGCAGACAACAGAGUACUCAGGUCCCGCAUGUCAGUGAAGUUUGCCAAGACGGAAACUUCCUCGGAGGGCAUAGGAGCCAUGGACAGGGCCAGAGCCGCAGUGGACGAUGGGUCCCUGUGGAGUGCGGAAGACGUGUUUGUGUUCACAGAUGCCAUGCUCACAUGGGAGGGCGACAAGGUCAUCAGACUGGAACUGUUCCGGAACGUGGGUCUGGCAUUCGUCGUGGUCUUCUUGGUGUGCAUGGUACUAAUCGCCAACAUCGUCACUGUGCUACUCGUGUUGGCUUGUGUCAUGUUCACACUAGUUGACGUGAUUGGUUUCCUGCACUUCUGGGGAAAUACUAUCAAUGUGGUGACCACUAUUAUGGUCAUCCUGGCAGUGGGUCUGGCUGUGGACUACGCUGCCCACAUAGGCCAUACAUUCAUGGUCUCCACCGGAACCAAACAACAAAGAAUGCGGGUGACCUUGCGUGACAUCGGGACAGCCGUGUUCAACGGUGGCUUCAGCACAUUCCUCGCAUUCUUCCCCCUCGCGUUCGCCACCUCAUUCGUGUUCCAGAAGUUCUUUCAGAUCUUCUUCCUAGUUUCCCUGUUCGGUCUGUUCCAUGGCCUCAUUUUCCUCCCAGUCAUGCUCAGUCUCGUCGGCCCCUCCCCCUAUCUGUCGGCACAACAGCGUCAACAACAACAGCAACAGCAACAACAACAUCAGAAAGAGUCAAUCAACCCAACAUCGUCAUCAAAUGAAAUGCACAAGGCAGAAGAUAAAGCAACGGAAGGCGGAGUGAACAACUUUGGAUUUGUUACCAAAGAGUGAUGAAUCAUAAAUCACCAACGACCAAACAGUCAUCCGACUACAUCUCAAAACUAACUUACCAAAUAAUUAAUGAUAACAAUAAUCAUAUCCUUAUUUGGAUGAAAAAAACUGAAGCUUCCUUGAGUUAUACCAGUAUGCAUUAGAGCAGCGGCGGAUCUAAGAUUUUCUCGAGGG